CGGAUGACCAAUCGGAUCGGACACACUUCCGUACACAGCGGUGGUCGAUGGAAGCGCACCUUAAAUGUCAGUAUGCAUGUGUACGUGCGUCGGGCUGCCUACGCGCGACUCAGUCAGUCGUGCAUUUGUCUCGUGAAAACGACAGAAAGAUGAGCAAGUGGAUCUGAUCUGACGGGCAUCGAUAGGCUCAAAGAGGGAGGGAGGGAGACACGCAUCAGAAACCACCUCUGGAAUCACCUCACCUCAUGGAACAGACCAGGGGCAUCUCGUGACAUGUAUGUAUGUGUGUGUGCACGACUGACGCCAUUAUGAGCAGGUGUGUAUCCUAUCCUAUCUCCCUGUCUCCCAUCGAGUCGAGUCGAGUCGCACAUCUACACGGUCCACACAUCUAGACAGACAGACCACACAAAAAUACCGCUUGCCGAUGCUUGAUGUGACAGUCCAGACGAGAAACCUUCUGUUGUAGGUAGUGUCAGGCAGGGAAAAUCAGCUGCAGAAGCGGCUGGCUGCCUUCACCCCUCUCUCACGCAUGCAGACACAAACAGGAAAAAUUUGACUGACUGCACAGGACAGCCUGCUCGACAAAUCAACCACCGAGCUGUCCCAUGUCUACCAGAAAAAUAUGAAGGUCAGACAGAUGCGUCUUACGGAUCCAAAAGAUGACAUCCGUCAGUCAGUGCUGACUCUCUCCAGCCCAGCUGUUCCUGCAACCCGGCCACACAGAUAGAUGACACCAGGGUGGCGGUCGACUGGUGCGUGCGUGCGUGCGGCUGGCUGGCUACCCACUUGGUCGAUGUGUCCUAGUGGUUCUUCCCAAAGCGGGGCUUGUGUGGGUGGUCGGGAUGCGCCUUGCCUUUGCCGGGCCGCUUCUUGCGCCGCCCGCUCGGUACCUUGAUGUGAUAUGCAGCGAGCACACCGGGAGAUGGAUGGGCUGUCGUGUGGCGCUCCCCCAUCCAUGACAUUAGCUUACCUCCGUGAGCACCCAUUUGUAGCUAUCGCCAUCACAGGCAGAGCCCUGGACGACAGGUGCCAGGUUCGUCUGGUUGGCGUUCUCCACAGCAGAGGCAUUGACCUAGGCGGGGUGGGAGGAGGCAGACAGACAGAACCAGACAGACAAAGGCUCGGAUGUACAUAUUUCUCCGCCGUGCAGUUGGCCACCCACCGCUCUGAAAGGCCCUGAUGAUGUAUUCCCGAGGGGUGGCUCCCAGAGGGGUGGCCCGUUCGAACUGCCACUCGAAGUUGACACCUUCUUCGCACGCCUUGUCCUGCACGACGCUCGCGCCGUCGAUAAUGGAGCCCUCGAUGACGGACAGACAGCAGGUCGGUGUUGUCUGGACUGCGGUCACGUCGCAGGGCUUGGACAGCUGAUAGAAGCCGCUGUCCAGCUCCUCCACCAGCCACGUCUGAUCCAGUCCUGAGCAGCCAGGAUUCUGGCGAGCCGGCGCCUUGUCCACUCCUCUGCACGGAGUCAUGCAGCGAUCCAAACAAGGACACAGACUCACUCAUCCACGCACACGUGCACUCGCUUCUUGCGUACGCAGCAACUUGCAGGCACUGGCCGCUGUGAACCGCCUCGAGCGUGUAGCUGCCGUCAUCGAUGUCCGCCACAUUGCUGCCGUUGCAGUCGGCGAAGUCACAUGUGUCCUGACAGGUCGUGUUGAGCCCACAGCCGAGGCAGCACUCCUGAUAAAGUACCAAACAGCAAUCACGCACACACAGACUUCAUCUGAGACAGACAACAGGCGUGGGAGAAGCCCACCAAAACUCACCCCGGCGGCCGUGGCCAAGACGGCAAGAAGGGACACCACAACCAACAGCACCUUCAUCAUGACGUUUUCAAUAAGGGCAGAGGCAACAAACAGCGAG